AGAGAGAGAGAGAGAGAGAGAGAGAGAGAAUGAGAAACCAAGGUGAGGAAUUGGAUUAUAAAGAGAAGCUUGUGAGAGAGAUUUGCGCAAUCUCUACAUUGUUUACUUCUUGUUCUCAUAAUCGGAGUUCGACCCAGAAGCCUGGAUUCAUUGAUUGGUAUCUUAUUCUAAGAAUUGAUGAGGAUUCAGGGAGUGAUAUGAUCCGAAAGCGAUAUCGCCAGUUGGAAUUGCAGCUUCAUCCAGAUAAGAACAGGCAUCCAAAAGCCGAAGUGGCAUUCAAGCUUAUUUCAGAGGCUUAUGAAUGUCUCUCAGACGAAGCAAGGAGAAAAACUUUCAACUCCGAAAGAAAAAUCAACUUCUGCAAGGAUUGUCACAGAAAAUCACAGCAAUCAACUUCAAAGAAAAAUCACAAGGAUGCUCCAAGAACCAAACAAAACAAAUUUCUCAGGGCACUUAAAGAAGUUCAGAACAAGCUCAAAGAAGAAUGCAAGGUGAUCGAGAACUCUCUUCGAGUCAAGGAGGCCUCGAGAGACAUGGGAUCCCCUCUAUUCGACCCCUCUCAUCGUCUGCAAUUCCCUGAUUAUCCUCAUUAUAGAGAGAAAAUGCAUGCAAAUUGCCGGUCAGAAGAUUAUCAAUAUUUUAGAAACUGUUCAACCCUUUCAGAUUAUAGGAAGAUGAGAUGUGAAUCUCCUGUUUAUGAACUGAGAUCAGAGAGUAGGAGAGGCUGGAGCAGGAGACCAGGCUUCAGAUUUUGUUUUUUUUUUUUUUUUUUUUUUUUGAAUUUCACCGCGCUAGCAAGAAAGUUCAGUGGUUUUCAACAAUUGUUUGUAGCAAAAGAAGAACUCUAUAGAAAUGGCAAGGUUGACAUCAAUGAAGGAUUGUUCUUCAUAUUUGAAUUUGAACUUUGGAGCUCCAAAUUGAAAAUUCAAACUGCUGGAUGUGACUACCUAUAA